GUGUCUGUCUCUCUCUGUGUGUGUGUGUGUGUGUGUGUCAGCUGCUGUCAGGACUGAAGAUCACUCACUGACAUCAUCAGGACUCAGAUUGUGUGUCUCUUCAAGCUCUGCAAUGUCAGAUCAAGUAAAGGAACUCGUGUCAAAGUGUCUCCAGGCUCGGGACAUGGCUUACUGUCCAUACAGCCACUUCCCAGUCGGUGCUGCCAUACUGACAGCAGAUGGCGCUAUAAUCACAGGCUGUAACGUGGAGAACGCCUCCUAUGGUCUGACGGUGUGUGCCGAGCGCACGGCCGUGCAGAGAGCUGUGGUGGAGGGACACACACAGUUCAGGGCCAUCGCUGUGACAUGCGACAUCAAAGAUCGCUUUGUUGGCCCGUGUGGAGCCUGUCGACAGGUUCUCAUGGAGUUUGGAUCCGACUGGAUCGUGUACCUGGCCAAGCCGGACGGAUCUUACAAAGAAACCAGCCUCAGUGAACUGCUGCCUCUCGCCUUCUCAUCGGCACAUCUCGCAAAGAACUAAUGAUGGAUUCUCAAAAAUAAUACUGGUCUUAUUUCUACAAAGAAAGGAAAUAUAUUUGUUAUGUUCUUCUUUGAAGUUGAUUUAUAGAAAAUUACACAUCAACAAUAAAGUGUCUUUUGUCCCUUAAA